CUCCAGCCGCCGCUCUCCCGCCGCGGCUCCGGCCCAGGCCUCAUCCUGAUCCUUCCAGGCCCCGGCGCCAUCCCGCAACUCGCCCCCGGCGCCGAAAAGCCGCUCGACCCCGAGCCGCUGCUCAAAUGGGCCGAGGAGGGCUUCGCCGUUGUUGCCAUCACCCUGCCCGAGCCUGAGAUGGAACUCACCGGCGACGACGCCUCAGCCUCAGACGUCGUCAACUUGAUCCGGGAUGCUGUGGAUGCGCUCCGGAAGCAUGAAAGCGUCGACACCAAAGACAAGUUCGCCCUGGUCGUGUAUGAAGAGGCCAUCAUCAGCUCACUGCUCCUCGACGCCGACCGCCUGCAGCAACAUGGAAUCGCGGGCAUCGUCGCCUUCUCCAACGCCGCUCCCGAAAUCACCACUUCGAUCCCGCUGCUCGCUCACACCGGCACGGCUUCGAAACCAAAGUUCGACGACAGUGAUGAGCAAAAGUCCAAUGUGACGGUGCACUGUUAUCCCGAGACAACGCCUCACUUCAUUUUCCCCUCCGCCGCGGCGUACAACAACGCUGCUGCUAAUAUGUCUCACACACGCAGUCUAGUCUUUUUACGAAAACAUCUUGGCGGGCCGACGUUUGAUCUCGAGGCUAUCUGGGAGGAGCACUGCUACUGGGAAUUCGAAGGGCGAAGUGUGGCCAAAACCAUGGCGACCAUGGUGGCGGAGCCAUAUGUUAAUCACGUCCCAACGAUGACGGGAGGCAUCGGCCGUGAGAAACUAACCGCCUUUUACCGCGAUCACUUCAUUUUCUGCAACCCCCCAGACACGCACCUCAAGCCCGUCUCCCGCACCGUCGGCCCAGACCGCAUCUUCAUCUUCUGCUGCACCCACACGCAGCAUAUCCCCGCCCUCAUCCCCGGCAUCCCCCCCACCAACAAGCCCCUUGCCAUCCCCAUGGUCGGCGUCAUCAACGUCCGCGGCGAUAGGCUCUACCACGAGCACAUCUGGUGGGAUCAGGGAACAGUGUUGCGCCAGCUGGGCAUCCUGCCAACCCACUUGCCGUAUGAUGGUGGCGUUGUCAAGCUGCCUGUUGCAGGAGUCGAGUGCGCGAGGUUGGUGCUAGAUGAGCGGGAUGGGACAUGCAAUGAGAUGAUUGAG